AUGGAGUUAUACUACAUCGAUCUCUGGCUUCAAGAGCCAGGCUUCUUUGUGAAAUCCUGUCUUCUUGUGCUUAGCAUUGUAAUAGGGUAUCAACUGCAGAAGGCGGCCUUUUACCCUCAUGUACAUGCUCCGUUUGUAGGCUUUCGCUUCUACUGGGAACCGCGCUGGCUUGUCGGUCUUCGAUUCUCCAAGGAAGCCCUUCAGCAUAUUCAGCAAGGAUGUCGACAAUACAAGGAUGGCAUGUUCAGAAUAGCACGCGUCGAUACCGAGAUCUUAGCCAUUCCCAGCCGAUUUGUCGACGAACUACACUCCAAGCCAGAUGACCAGCUCAGUGCGAUUAAGGCACAUAUGAAGAAUCUUCUCGGUCGGUAUUCGACCAUCGACAUCCUGGACGAGGGAAUCCUGCACACCCAGGUCUUGCAAACUGACCUGACUCCCCGGCUUGGGAGUCUUACUCACGCUGUCAAAGAUGAGCUAGACUUUGCUCUGGCGCAGGAGUUGCCCAGUAAUCUCACUGCCGACGACUGGACCCCUGUCUGUAUCUACAAUCUCAUCCUCCGCAUCGUCGCUCGCAUCUCCGCACGGAUCUUCGUCGGGCUUCCCACCUGUCGUAACGAAGAAUGGCUCAAUCUAUCCAUUGACUUCACCGGGGAUGUCUUCCUCACCAUGGCCAUCCUCCGUCGUUUUCCACGAUUGUUGCGCCCGCUCAUCGCUCCUCUGAUCCCUCGCUACUGGGCUAUCCGCCGUGGCCUCGGGACGGCGAACCGUCUCAUCGGCUCUUUGGUACGCGAACGACGUAUCCAGCAGGCCAAAACCCCAGACUAUGAGAAACCAACCGAUCUACUACAGUGGAUGAUGGAUAAAGCCAAUCCGUUUGAUGGUCGACCCGAAAAACUCGCACACCGGCAGCUCAUCCUUAGUCUUGCAGCCAUCCACACAACCACCGCCUCGGCAACUCAGGCUGUAUAUGAUCUCUGUGUGCAUCAGGACUAUGUGGAACCUUUGCGUAGUGAGGUCCUGCAGGCCGUUGCAGAAGAUGGCGGUCAAUACCAGAAGACGACUCUAACCAAGAUGUGGGACCUGGACAGCUUCAUCAAAGAGGUUCAACGCUUGAACCCGCCAGCUCUACUGAGCUUCCAACGCAUCGUCAUGCGCGAUCUCUCCCUCUCGGACGGUACAGUCCUCCCCAAGGGAACGCAUCUGGCGGUCCCCGCCGCAGACAUUGCAAAGGAAGCGGAGUACGACCCCGAAUUCGACGGAUUUCGCUACUCGCGCCGGCGUAGGGCCCACUCUGCUGCUGCACACCGACAUCAAUUUGCCACCACAGACUCGACAAGUCUUCAUUUCGGCCAUGGGAAGUACGCGUGUCCGGGUAGGUUCUUUGCUGCCAAUGAGAUCAAGAUGAUUCUGGCUCAUUUGCUGGUCGGUUAUGAAUUCCAACUACCCACUGGAACGGAUCGUCCUAGCAAUCUGAUGAUUGACGAGGUGUUUUUGGUGGAUCAUCAGGCCAAGAUUUGGAUGAAGCGGCGGCGUAUGUGA